AUGGCUGCCGAGGACAGCUUGGUGGGUCAUAAAUCCUUAGAAGUAACAUCAUCUAGUCAUAAUCCGACUCAUGGAAAAUCAAAAAAAGAUAUCACAGACUAUUUUUUACCAAGGAAUAAAGACACGAAAGAAAUGGUGUCAAGAGCAAUUCAAGUAAGUUUGGGUGCUUGUAUGUCAGAAGAUAUGUGUUUUGAUUUGCCAUCAGAAAAAUACUGGAAUUUACUUGCCGAAAAGAAAAGAAUUGAGUUAGAAGAUGCAUUGCAAGAGAAUGAAAGGCUUCACAAAAUAAGAGAGUCAUUGCUCGAAAAAAAUGUUCACUACAGGCAGAUGCUCGAGGAGGCUAAUACAUUUAUUGAUGUCUUUAAGGAAGUGGUGCAGGAUACAGCAGAUGACACUGGUAUAGAUAUAGGUGAUAUCAAUGAUUCUACUGAGAAUUAA